UUUGAUAUUUGUUUUGGUGGACGGAGACAGUUCUGCAAAGGACGAUAUGUAGACUUUGAUUCUCAAGUGGCUAGCAGUGGAAAUGUGCGACAAUCAAGGAAGCGCUCUAGCUGUGAUUUCGACUCCUUACUUAAGAGAACUCAAGCCGAUCAAAAAAAA